AUGUUGGUGCUAAGAUGUUACACGAAAUUACUGACCCUGGAAAAAAUGUUAAGGAGUCACUUUCCUGAAUCACUCAAGGUGUACGGAGCAGUGAUGAACAUAAAUCGUGGGAAUCCCUUUCAAAAGGAAGUGGUAUUGGAUUCAUGGCCAGACUUCAAAGCUGUUAUCACUCGGCGGCAGAAAGAGGCUGAGACAGAUAACCUGGACCACUAUACUAAUGCUUAUGCCGUGUUCUACAAGGAUGUCAGAGCUUACCAACGGCUGUUGGAAGAAUGUGAUGUUAUCAACUGGGACCAAGUUUUUCAAAUACAAGGGCUGCAGAGUGAGUUAUAUGAUGUUUCCAAAGCCGUUGCCAACUCAAAGCAGCUGGAUGUGAAGCUCACUUCCUUCAAGGCAAUUCGUCUUCCUCCUCUUUCAGCUCCGCCGGACACCAGUCUCCUAAAGAGUUCUCCCCCACGACUAACCCACCUGAGUGUUGCUGAUGCUGACCUACUCAACCGGACAUGGUCGCGGGGUGGCAACGAACAGUGUCUUCGGUACAUAGCCAAUCUCAUCUCCUGCUUCCCCAGUGUAUGUGUCCGUGAUGACGAGGGAAACCCAGUUUCUUGGUCUAUGACAGACCAGUUUGCCACCAUGUGCCACAGCUACACCCUGCCAGAGCAUCACAGAAAAGGCUACAGCCGGCUGGUAUCUUUGACGCUGGCCCGGAAGCUGCAAAGCCGGGGCUUCCCCCUUCAGGGCAAUGUCCUCGAUGACAACACAGCUUCUAUAAGCCUCCUGAAGAGCAUCCAUGCGGAGUUCUUGCCUUGUCGUUUCCAUAGGCUCAUUCUCACCCCUGUGGCUUUCUCUGGCCAAGUUCACCCUCUAGCCCAGUGA